CCUUUUCUUUCGCUUUCCACAGCCAGCGACGAACGUUGGCAUCAAGUUAAGAAGUUACGGCGCAAGAGAGAAGACGUGAAAAAAUUUGCAAGUUUUCAGCGAAAAGAUUAAUAGACGGUGCAGGGUAGCAGCGAAUAAAAACGGAAUUAUCAAGCUAAUCGGUGUAUUUCAGCAAACGUGACGCACGUGAACGAAGGAACGAACACGUUGUGCCCUCAUCGGCGAAAGCCUGCUCGAAUCGACCGCAGCAAGUUGUGUAUCCUGUCAGAGGGAGGUAGUUUGAAAACUGUGAUUUUCGGAGGACAAGUUCUGUCGAAUCUGGACUUAACACGACGAAAGUAAAAAAAAGAAGAAAAAUCAUAAAAACUCUUGAACAAAAGUUCUCUACCAUUCGACAAUUUAGUGUCGGGUUUAGUCCGCGUGCAAGCUGUUAUUGCUCGCCAAUUCAAUUGUACAGAAAAAAAACAAAGCGAAACAAAGAAGAUUAAUCAAACGUAAUAUUCAAAGUGCAUGGUGUAAAAGAAAAGUUUUUAAGUGGUAAUAAGAGACACUCCGAGAAGAAUCAAGUCAACAUAGGAAAAGGUGAAGAGAGCAAGACUUUUUAAAUUAUUAUUUAUACAUUAGCUGUAAUAUAACAAGAGAAAAAAAAAACAAGUGGUCACAAAGAUAUACGUUGGAGCAACGGCACGAAGAACGAAGCAAAUGGUACCGAGAUAACAGAAGGUUAUACGCAAAUCCACGAAGAAGCAAACAACAAAAAACUUGGAAGUAGUGUGAAAAAAAAUCAGUCUAAAGUGUAAGCAUCCUAAAAAUAAGAAUUAGUUAUAAACGCAAAACGCAAAGUGAAGAAACGGAUCUGGGGUGCGGUUUUAAGGAACGAAGAAAAAAGUCACCCACAAGUUGUAUUUAUACUAUCGAAAAGCAAAGCGGUGAAGUUAUAGUAUAAGCGUAAAACUUUAUAAGUAAAAAACACCAGUAGAGGAUAAGCCGAGCUAGACGCACUCUACUCAAUCAUCAUGAUGACUGAAACGCUGAAUUCUAAUAACCACAUAAGCCAGAAAGGCGAGAACAAAGUGGAUGACAUGGGAUGGAAAGCCAAACUCAAAAUACCGCCCAAAGAUACUAGAAUUAAGACUAGUGAUGUAACGGACACUCGGGGAAACGAGUUUGAGGAGUUUUGCCUGAAGCGUGAGCUGCUGAUGGGCAUCUUUGAGAAGGGAUGGGAGAAGCCUUCGCCAAUCCAGGAAGCAGCCAUCCCAAUUGCACUAGUGGGUAAGGACAUCUUGGCGAGGGCCAAAAACGGUACUGGAAAAACGGGCGCGUACAGCAUUCCUGUACUAGAGCAAGUGGAUCCUACUAAGGAUUAUAUCCAGGCGCUGAUCAUCGUGCCAACGCGUGAGCUGGCACUGCAAACAUCACAGAUUUGCAUUGAACUUGCGAAACACAUGCAUAUCCGGGUCAUGGUAACCACCGGUGGUACCAACCUUAAGGAUGAUAUUAUGAGAAUUUAUCAGAAAGUUCAAGUGAUCAUCGCCACGCCCGGCCGUAUACUAGACCUGAUGGACAAGGAGGUGGCGAAUAUGGCCAACUGCCGUAUGUUAGUAUUAGACGAAGCGGACAAGUUGCUGUCGCAAGACUUCAAGGGCAUGCUGGAUCAUGUCAUUAUGAAAUUGCCAAAAGAGCGCCAGAUUCUGCUGUUUUCGGCAACAUUCCCGCUAAGCGUGAAAAACUUUAUGGAGAAGCAUCUGCGCGAGCCAUACGAGAUCAACCUUAUGGAGGAGCUCACCCUAAAGGGUGUCACCCAGUACUACGCGUUCGUCCAGGAGCGACAGAAGGUGCACUGCCUGAAUACCCUAUUCUCCAAGUUGCAGAUCAACCAGUCGAUCAUUUUCUGCAAUUCGACACAGCGUGUCGAAUUGCUGGCAAAAAAAAUCACCGAGCUUGGUUACUGCUGCUACUACAUUCACGCCAAGAUGCAACAGGCGCACCGAAAUCGUGUUUUCCAUGACUUCCGAUCCGGACUGUGCCGGAAUCUGGUCUGCUCCGAUCUCUUCACCCGUGGUAUAGACGUACAGGCUGUGAACGUUGUUAUUAACUUUGAUUUCCCCAAGAUGGCAGAGACCUAUCUUCACAGAAUUGGUAGAUCCGGACGUUUUGGACAUCUGGGUAUUGCCAUCAACCUAAUCACCUAUGAAGAUCGGUUCGAUCUUCACCGCAUCGAGAAGGAACUGGGUACUGAAAUCAAGCCAAUCCCCAAGGUGAUUGAUCCGGCCCUGUACGUGCCCCGGUUGGACGAUCCAAAUAAUACCCAGGAGGAGCAAAACAUUAGCAAAUAAGCCUAUUUCCAUUAAUGCAACAUAGCCACAUCCCAGCAGCUUCAAUCGCGAUCACUGUCCAAAACUAAUUGUACCCAUAACCGGAUGUAACGUUGCGUUACCCGAGUAAGCAAAAAUGACCUCACACGAACCGUGAAACCGAAGAAAAAAUGUAAACGAGGAAAAUAAUGGAAUUCGAUAGGUUGGGCUGCUGGAUGUAGGAUAGUCAUACACACACAGCUACAAGAGAGAAAUGGAGUCUUCAAGUUAUUACACUUUUUUGUUCGAAAUUUUUAAAGAAAUUGUUUCAAAGGAAAAGAGAGAAGCUACUGAUGAAUUCAAACAAGAACCCACAAAUACACAAGACAAAAUCUUCAAACAAUUGUGAAAAAGGACCGCGACAAUAGAAUGCCUGAGGAAACCCGAGAGUGGACGUGGAUCGAGUGGAUGAAAGUCGUGAACGAGUGAAUUGUGGGGAAACCAACCUAACAUCGCUAGCAUUGAAUCAUCGGUGUAAAUGUUGAUGUGUACUAGACAAGAGAAAAAAAAAACAUCAACGCCUUUUUAUAUAUUCUACUAGUGUCAGAAGAGGCAAUCAGGAUCGACGAACCGGGUAUGGCGCAGAGCUCGCCGAAGAGAAUGUUCUGUAAAUAGCAUUUCGCGGGAUCUACCCGCAAACUAAAACUUUAAAGUAGUGAAGAUGCCGCCGCCCAUGGAAACUAAACGUUGCAGGAGAUAUCCGGUUCCGUCGAUGCCGUUUUUGUCAGUGCAAGUCUGCGACAAAGUCCAGCUGUUAUUUAGUUUGAAGAACAUUAAUUUACACCUAGAGUGAACUGAGCGAACAAGGAACCUAUUUACACACAAUAAAACAUCUACAGCGCAGGUCAACGAAGCAAAAACGAUUUUUACAGCAAAGAAUUGAAAGGAGAAACUAAAAAAAUAUACAAGCAACGUGAAACAAGUGAAACAAAUUAGAAAAGACGGUUUUAAAUGGCAUCAAUGGGAGAAGGAAAGCUCUUCAAAUUGUAGGUAUACUCUUUACCUGACGAGAAUGAUUUACCGUGAGACUUCUAGAUGGAUUCAUGUGUUGGAGGAGUUUGUUCGCCCAGGUCAUACUUCAAUCAGGCCUAGGUUAAAUGUUAUCAUCCAUAAAUCACUAGACCAUUCAUUCAUCGUCCGUUUAUUGGUGUUUUUCUGUUUACAAUUUUUUUCAAUAACAGUAUGCAAAUCCGGAGAUAUGUAUUUAAAUUCUAUACACGAUGGAGAAAGUUUAAUUUCAAAAACACCAACUACGCAAACAUUAGCUUUGGUUCAUAAUGGGGUAUUGUGCCUCUGACACGUUUUAGCGGAACCAGAUAAAGAGGAUUACGCAGGGUUUUUAUCUGUUUGAUUGAGUUAUCUGUAACAGUUUGCACCCUGUGUAAAAUAUAUACGUUUCUCCAUCGCUCAAUGUCAUUAUUUUGAAAACAACAAAUACAUUAGCUUAUGCACCUGUUCGUA